CGAGGACAUCUCCUGCCAACCCGAAGCAGGGAGGCCUGUUUGGACAGCAAAGGAGAGUUGUCUCAUGAACGGCAUAGUGGAGAUAUAGGGCAGGACUCCCGGCGCAAUGGCUCACAGCCAGUCCAGGAAACGGUCCCGGAGCCGGAGCGACUCGCGAAGCCGGCAGGAGAGGAAGAAGGAAAAGAAGGGACGAAAGAGCAGCAAGGAUUCCCGCAAAAGCAGCCCCUCCCCCACGAGGAAAAGGGCCUCUGGGUCUCACCGCCGCAGAUCCAGCUCUGCUUCCACUAAGGAAGAAAGAAAGAAGAGGGACAAAGAUAAAGAAAAGAGGGCGGCGAAUACCUCCUCCUCUGAGACAGCAUCUUCAUCCUCCGAGACCUCUUCCUCCAGCUCCUCUUCAGACGAGUCGAGCGACAGCGAACCCAAAUCGAAAAAGAGGCGGCAUAGCAAGAAGAAGCGAACGAAGCAGAAGGACAAGAAGAGGAAGAAGAAAAAAGAGAAGAAGAAGCUGAAAAAGAAAUGCAAGGAGAGGGCUAAGGAGGAGAAAGCCAAGGCAGAAGGGGCACCUGGCCCUUCCCUGGAGCAAUGGCAGAAGGACUCUCUGGUGGAAUCUGGUCCAGUUUUGACAGAUGAGCAAAAAUCCCGAAUCCAAGCUAUGAAGCCCAUGACGAAAGAAGAGUGGGACGCAAGGCAAAGUGUCAUAAGGAAGGUCGUGGAUCCCGAAACGGGGAGAACAAGGCUUAUUAAAGGAGAUGGAGAAGUACUCGAAGAAAUAGUCACCAAAGAAAGGCACAAAGAGAUUAACAAGCAAGCCACCCGCGGAGAUGGCCUGGUCUUCCAGAUGAGGACAGGGAUGCUUCAGUAACUGCCUGAAUUGCAACCUCAACAAUAGAGGUGUUUUCUUUUCAUGCUUCCCAAGGCCCUAGUCUGCCAAAGCAGGUAGUUAGUUCCCUUUUGCCCUGCACUGACAAUGUUAUUGUGUUCCUGGUGACCUGUUGGGACACUCGCCCUAUGGACAUUCAUGUUUCCUGCUCUGUGUAAGUUGAGUGUCUGGGGAAAGGAGUGACACUGAUGGUACCUCUGCUCCUCACUCAGCCACAGCUUCUCUGCCCUCUGUCCUGGCUGUCCUCCGCUGCUUGGUGGUUUAAGCAGCAAGCACUGGUGCAGCAGCUCUCAUUUCUCCCGGGAGUUCAGCACAGCUGAGGUCUGGCAAGGAGAGGAUAGGCCAACCCAAUGAUUACCACUGUUUUGCCUUUAAGAGCAACUCUCGUGAUGGCGAGCCAUACGCCAGUCUCUGGCAAACACCCAGCUGGCAGAACAGCUCAGUUCGAGGGCUCUCCCUGCCGACUAGCACUUCUGCAUGCCUGCUCUUCCCUGGCUUAGCGUCUGCCCAGUGCUUUGAGGUUCUCCAGGAAACACAGGGACCCAGUUGCACUGAGCUCCAGGGUGCAGUCACGUCCAGGUCCCAUCAGGUGCUGACUCCCACUGGCUGGGGGCAGUCAGUAGCACCUGACACGGGACAGACUCAGGCUGUGACUUUGCACUCGUUGCCUGCCCUCAGGGCUUGAUGCUGCCCGUACCAUGCAUGGACGGGGGCAUGCUUUGCAGAGGUUAGGUCAAGCCUUGCCCGUGUCCCUGCACCAAUAGGAUGCCCUUUCGCUACAGGGCACUUACCUGGGUUGUGUGUCACCCUAGGGAGCACCACACCAUGUCCUUGUGGUUGGGGAGUGCCAGGGUCUCUCAGGAGAGAACUGUCACGUGGAAGCACCCUGUUUUCCAGGAGGUUUUUUUCCCCGCUUAAUGUUGGUGAAUCUGAAACCUAAAAAUAAACUGGUGAAAGGCA